AUGCGGGCGGUGGGUGGCGGCAGCGGGCAGGGCGCCAGGAGCCGCCACGUGUCGCCGCGUGCUGCUGCAGCGGGGGCCGGCAGGGCGGCAGCGGCCGCUCGUGGCGGCGGACGGGCGGCGUCGGCCGGGGCUCUCCUCUUCGGCCCGGCUCUUCCUCGGCCGCGGAGGCGCGGGCGGGCAUCGCCGCUGGAGUCGGCGGGACGGCGGAGGAGGAGCUGCAAGAAACGCGGAGAGCGGAGUCGGUCGGCACCGGGUCGAGGGGGAGAACGAGGAGGAGAAGCGGGACCGCGCGUCGCGUCGCGUCGCGUCGCGGCACGGAGAGCCCUCGGCUCCUCCGCUGCCCGGGCUCCUCUCCCGGCUCGCCCCUCGCCGCCAGGAGAACCUUCCGGGCGCCGGGCCGCGUACAGACACGGCCGUACCUCGCCGUGCGCGGAAGGCGCGUCCUCUCCUCGCCGGGCGCUCUCCGCCCUCCUGCGGCGUUUGCCGGGCACGCCGAAGGCCGAGCGGUCGUCGGCUCCGCGCCGGCUCUCCCCGCGCCCCGAGAGGCAGGGAGCUAUCGGUUGGAUUCGUGUCCAGUGCAGGAGGGAACGAGCUGGGCCAUAGAAGCUCUGCACGGGUAUAGAGGCUAUACACUCAUAUAGGGCAGCACAUACGCAGAUACAGUCUUCCCCCACAUUAUCCAAGAAAAAUGAAAGGCAGAGCACUCCAGCAUCUGAUUUCACAGAAAGCCAAACACGGAGUAAAACAGAGAAGUCAGCUUCCGCCUGUGGCAGUAUUUACGAAGCCCCCUGACGCUGCUUCAAAGGCCGGGUUGGUUUGCUUGCUGUUUCUCUACCUCCUGGCACGUGCCUGCAGACACUUGGGCAGAGCUCCGUUUUAGCAUUCAAAUUACAAAGCAUCCGUGGCGCGUCUGACACAGCUCCAAGUCAGCAGUGGCACGCAGGCUUCUGUGUGCUGCAGAGCGCGCAGCCACCGGGAUCUGCCGGGACAGCGGCAGCACUCUGCGACUGCUCUCCCACAACCCGGUGCCGAAGGGAGCACGGAAGGACGUAAACAGACGGGUGAAGCUUUCUGUUUUCAAGCUCUGAACCAAUAAGCUUUUUGCUUAUGUCCAAAAGAGAAAAACAGAGUGAUGUGGAAUGGACUGUCUGUCAAUCGUGGUUCAAUUUCAGACAUAAAAUGAUAAUUCCAUGCUGUCUGGUGAAUAGUUUCAGCUAAGAGCUUCUUUAGUUCCCCAGUUUCUGUGAUGUCCCUGCAGUAUUCUCAAGGAAGUAUUUUGUAACCUCCUGUUAAUGAAGCACUGAAGAAAACAGAGUGCCCUUCUGGCAGCAAAUCGCUACCUGAAAGGACUCCAUUUGCUGAGGUUUUCUUUCAUUCCUGUUACUAAAGCACAGGAUGCAUUUUGCCCAAACCAAAAUGUUACUGGUAUUAAAAAGUGGAUUAAAUUCAAAAGGUAAUUAUUGCCAAUGCCCGAGGAAGCCUCCCUCAAUCUGCCAAAACACUUAACAGCUGAGAGAGCACUCAGCUUGUCCUGAACGGGACAACAUUCCAGCUGACCUUCCAUAGUCAUUAGUAGGUCACUUUUGUCCAGGACUGAGCAGCCAGCCCACGGCACAGGUGGGGCUGCGGGGCUGGGGGGUCCCUUCCAACCCAACCACGCUGUCCUCCUGCAAUAGUUACAGGCAGUAGAGCUAACUAAGUGCACGACAGCCAUGUUUGACAAUAACCUGCAAUAACGGCAAGGGAGCAGGCUGGUGCGCAGGGACGGUGAGGAGAGCGGAGCAUCUCUGUCAGCUCGGGAGAGCGGUUCACCUGUCGGCUGCCUCCCAGAUAUCAAAUCCAGCCGUGGUCUCCACCAGGCAGAAAGCUCUGACAAGAAAGAAUGCAGCAGCUCAGGUGGAGUGCCCACCUAAGAACGUGGCGGUUGAAGUCCCUGGCUGCAGCGAGUGCCUGAGUCUGUCGGUGCCGGUGAAGGGCGGCAGGGAUUCCGCCUGCAUGAGGGGCAGGAGAUGGACUGUCGGAUUAGCUGUCUUUGGAACUUGCAAGAAAGACACCAGGGUGAUACCCCCCAAACGGUGCUAGACCCCUCCCCUGCCAUCUUUGAGCAGAGGGAUGCAAUUUAAGGGAAGAGGAGGAGUGGAAACAGGUCCCAGCUCAGCAAUCACAGCAACCCCCAUCCCAACCUACCUCGGUUCCACAGGUGCCCCCAUGUAAUGGGUUUGAGGCUCUGGAACUUGAGGGAGAGGUGAGUGAGGGUGCGGUGGGAGGCCCACCCAUGAGGUUUCGUAGGGCGAGGCGGUUGACUCCACACCUCAAGACUGCCUCCACCAGGAAGGACAUGGCUGAGAGGCUGCUGCAAUCACAAUAAUUUGGGGAUUUUUUUGGACCAUGGGGUGGUUUGCUUGGCACCUGGCCUGGUGGCUGCAGAUGGGUCCCAUCUGUCUCAGAGGGGGAAAUGGAUCCCUGCCCAGCGUAUACCUGCUGUUGCACCCUCAUCCCCAGUAACACAGCUCUGGAUGGAACAAUAACUGAGGCACUGCAAGGGCUUGCCACCCUUGACGAUGAAUUGGCACAGAAGUCAGGAAUAAAUACUUCUACCCCUGGAUGGUCGGAUUCCUGGUUUGGUAAAUGGAAAGGGAUGACUGUAUCCAUAUUUACUUCUUUGAUUGUAGUAGCAGGAGCCCUGAUGGCCAUCGGGUGCUGUGUUAUCCCCUGUUUGAGGAGACUGGGACAGCAAUUGAUCGAGACAGCACUACUGAAGCAAACACCAAUGGAGCCACCACCAUAUUCGGAUAAAACGAUGGUAUUAGAGGAGAUGGGGAAUGAAGAAGGGAAAGAAGAGGAAGAUGUCUAUAAAACUGUGCCACAGAAAAGAAUUGCAGAAACCAACCAUGCAUAAAGAAGAAAGGGGGGGGAGCUGUGGGAAUGGAAUGUCGUUUCUGCAUUAGAUGUUUAAAAAAGGGAACUGAUCUGAAGAAGUAGAGCACAACGUGUUUGUAACCUGUCCUUGGAAAUAGCUGAUGUGAAAAAGCAGAAAUACUGCAUGUUUUAGUAGCAUAUUUUGGAAAUAUAGUUGCUGAAUUAUGUGAUUAAUUCUCGCUUGCAAAACUGCAGUAGCUUCUAAAUGCUGUGAAUAGUAGGGGUAGUGUAUUAUGGACUAGAAGGCGUGUUGUAAGGCUAUUCUGUUUGGAUAAGCGAAAGAAAAACAGGCUUAACAACCACCAGAGCUGCCAGGGCCCCUACACGAGGCGGAGAGUCCCACUCUGUGGGUAGGCGGGGAUGCAGCAGGCAAGUGUCAGGAUACUCCCCUCUGUCCUCCUUCCAAACUCAUCUCUAUCCAUGGGCGAGAUGCCCAGAAAUAACGGCCGAGCGCUGAUGUGCAAAUAUUGGAAGUUAAAUAAUUAGCAGUGCAUGUUCAGCCAGCAACGAUUCAUGUGUGGCUGGUAUCUGUACGUUUAGUUGAGCGUUGGGAAGAGUUGUGAACCUGAAGUCCUCAGCCAACGAGGAACCAGGGGAGGAGAGAUGGGCGUCGGGCAGUAGGGCAUAACAGACGUCACACUGUCUCUGCAGGUGUGCUCCUGCUUGCAGGGCGCCCGCCACUGCCGUUGUGAAUAAAGGCUGCUUUUCUCAGA